AUUGAAAAAGAAAAAAAAAAAGGGAAUUAAAGUAAAAGAAGGAGAGAGGUUGAAGCCUAGAAGCAAAGGGGAUAGGGGACCCCAGAAUCAAAUCAAUACAAGGCGGUUAAGGAGCACGAUUGGACCAUUGAGAAGCCAACGGAUGUAAACAGGAGCUAGAUAUGAGCAUAAUUCAUGGCCCCACUCGGUCUUCGAUGUCUCUUUGACCAGCCAAAACCCCCCAAAGGCCCAAACCGCAACCAUCCCCAUCAACUCAACCCUGAUCAAACCCCUCACCCUUCCCUAGUCCUUCCCCUGCCCUUGUUGGUUAGCUAACUUGGAGCAAUCCAGUCAAGUCAGUAGUAUUAUUAAGUAGUAGUAGUAGAGCAUUAACCCAAACAAAACAAAAACAAAAAAAACCAAGCAGCAGUACCAGCAUUAUUAGCAUCAUACUACUACCACUACCAGGCCAGCAGCGGUAAAAUCAAAAAAAGAAUAAAAAUAAACCACACGUGUGGGGCUGCAGGCUGCCUGCCACCUUAGUCAGAAUAAAACCCACCAAAACACAGGCACAACAAGAGACACAAACAAACCCAUAGCAGAGAGAGAGAGAGAGAGAGAGAGAGAGCGAGAGAGCAGAGCAGCCUCCUGUUGUGUUCCUUCCAAGAAGAAAGAAGGAAGUGCAAAGAAGCUGGCCCUCAUUUCCUUGCCCGCCCGCCCGCCCCCUCCCCUGCGGCCCUAGCCCGUCCUCACAGCAUUAUCUUUAAGUCAUGGUAACAUUAACAUUCCCUAAAGAGAAUUUGCAGUGACCCCCCCGGGGCUUUAUUUCUUGCCUUCCUCCUCAUUCUUUCCUGCAUCGCUGUCCACAAUCCACAUACAUAAAAUUGACAAAAUAUUUAUGCGAGAGAUACUCCACGAAGACAAAGACAAGGACAAAGUAGGAACAGGAGGAACAGAAGGAAUGCGGGGAAGCUUAGAGCCAUUGGACGUGGGAGUUCAGAUCCCUUACUACUUUCGAUGUCCCAUUUCUCUGGAGCUGAUGCGGGACCCUGUCACUGUUUGUACUGGCCAAACCUACGAUCGUGCCAGCAUCGAGUCUUGGGUCGCCACCGGCAACACUACCUGCCCUGUUACCCGUGUCCCACUCACCGACUUCACCCUCAUCCCCAACCACACCCUCCGCCGCCUCAUCCAGGACUGGUGCGUCGCCAACCGCUCCUUCGGCAUCGAGCGAAUCCCCACUCCUAAACAACCCGCCGACCCCGCCCUCGUUCGCUCCUUGCUCCACCAGGCUUCCUCUGCUUCCGCCCUUCCCGCCUCCCGCCUCUCUGCUUUGAGGAGGCUCCGAGCGCUCGCCCGCGACUCCGAUAAGAACCGCGCCUUGAUUUCCGCCAACAACGUCUCUGAGCUCCUCCUCUCCGUCGUUUUCCAUUCCGACUCCGCCGACCUCAGUCACGAGGCGCUCGCGCUUUUGGCUUUAUUCCAGCUCUCCGAGCCUCAGUGCGCCCUCGUCGCCUCCGAUCCCGACCGAGUCUCAUAUCUCGUCUCCCUGCUCAGUCAUUCUUCAGUUGACGUCCGAGUCAACUCGGCCGCAGUAAUCGAGAUGGCCGUCUCCGGGACCAGAUCGCCGGAGCUCCGCUCUCAAGUCAGCAAUGCCGAGGGAAUAUUCGAGGGGGUUAUCGGAAUCCUCAACUAUCCCUUGGCAUAUCCGAGGGCGUCGAAGAUCGGAGUCAAGGCUCUGUUCGCCCUGUGCUUGGUGAAGCAACACCGGCAGAGGGCGGUGACCGCCGGAGCGGUGGACGCGCUGGUUGACAGGCUGGCGGACUUCGAGAAGUGCGAUGCCGAGAGAGCGCUGGCUACGGUGGAGCUGCUCUGCCGAAUUCCGUCGGGGUGCGAGGCGUUCUCGGCGCACGCGCUGACGGUGCCGCUGCUGGUGAAAAUUAUUCUAAAAAUAUCGGACCGCGCCACGGAGUACGCGGCCGGGGCAUUAGUGUCGCUGUGCUCGGCUUCCGAUCAGGCACAGCGGGACGCGGUGGUCGCCGGGGUGUUGACUCAGCUGUUGUUGCUGGUCCAGAGCGAUUGCACGGAUCGAGCGAAGAGAAAAGCGCAAAUGCUGUUGAAGUUGCUACGGGAUUCUUGGCCGGAGGUCUCAAUUGGAAAUUCGGACGAUUUUGGUUGCAGCGACGUCGUUGCGUUUUGACUCACAUGAUGGAUGAUUUCAACCUUCUCAUUCUUUCCGUUUUUUUGGGGAGCUGUAGUAGAGUGUAAUUUCCAGUAGUAGCGGUAUUUUCUAGUACUAGUAGUAGUGUAUUUUUUGGGAAAGCAAAAAAAAAAAAAAAAAGCCCCCAAAAAUAGAGACGAGCGAGCGAGUAAAAAGGAAGAAGAACAUAGAGACGAGCGAGUAAAAAUUGAGUGAGAAAGAGAGAGAGUUUUAUGUUGGGUACACGGUGGGGGAGGUGUUUUGCUUCUGUGUGUACUUUUUCCUUUCCUCUGUAAGUAAGUUUUUUUUUUUUUUUGGCUGAAAAUGUUUAAAGAAGUUAAAAAAGGAAAAUUGGUCCAAGCAAAUCAUGGCGUUAAUUCUAAAAUGGGCCACAAUUUCAA